AUAUUAUUGCCUUACAAUCUUCCUUCAGUUCUUUAUAAAUAUCCCCUCUCUCUCAUUCAAUCAAACUCAUUCCUCUUCCAAAAUUUCACAAACCCAAACCCUUUUUCGUUUAUUUUACUCUCUUUUGCGAUGGGUUUCGAUCUUGAAGAGAAAGCCAAAGAGGCCUUUGUCGAAGACCACUUUGAGUUAGCCGUUGAACUUCUCACACAAGCCAUUCUUCUUGAUCCUACCAAACCUGAACUCUAUGCUGAUCGUGCUCAAGCCAACAUCAAACUCAACAACUUCACCGAGGCCGUUGCUGAUGCCAACAAAGCUAUUGAGUUGAAUCCUUCUCUGUCAAAGGCAUAUUUGCGCAAAGGUAAUGCAUGUAUGAAGCUUGAGGAGUAUCAGACUGCCAAGAUUGCUUUAGAGACCGGUGCCUCGUUGGCUGCAGAUUCAUCAAGAUUUCUUAAUUUGAUUAAAGAAUGCGAUAGGCUCAUUGCAGAAGAGUCUUCUACUCAGGAAAAGUCCACCACCACACAGGAGGCAACUCCAAAAGUUGUUGUUCCAGAGAAAAAUCUCUUGGAGGAGCCAAUAGUGGCGGUAGCUAAGCCUAAAUAUAGGCACGGAUUUUACCAGACACCUCAAGAAGUGGUUGUAACGAUAUUUGCCAAGGGGGUCUCCAAAGAAAGCAUUACUAUCGACUUUGGUGAACAAAUACUAAGGGUCAAGAUUGAUGUCCCUGGAGAAGAUGCAUAUGUUUUUCAAACUCGCUUAUUUGGAAAGAUCAUACCUUCCAGAUGCCGGUAUGAAGUUAUGGCCACCAAAAUUGAAAUUCGCCUUGCUAAAGCAGAAUCUAUUAACUGGAAGUCCCUAGAAUUCACCACAGAAGCCACAGUUGCACCAAGGGCUAUUGCCUCUUCAGUUACUGGAACUCAAAGACCUACUUACCCGUCCUCAAAACCAAAAAGAGUAGAUUGGGAUAAGCUUGAAGCUCAAGUUAAGAAAGAGGAGAAAGAUGAAAACCUUGAUGGUGAUGCUGCACUGAACAAAUUUUUCCGGGAAAUAUAUUCCGAUGCUGAUGAGGAUACAAGAAGAGCAAUGAAAAAGUCAUUUGUGGAGUCGAAUGGAACAGUGCUGUCUACAAACUGGAAGGAAGUGGGAACAAAGAAGGUUGAAGGAAGUCCUCCAGAUGGCAUGGAGUUGAAGAAAUGGGAAUAUUAAUAUCUUUUCUAAAUUACUUUAUUUUGGAAAUUUGGGUGCUUAAUUUUGUUUACAUAACUAGUGAACAAAAGUAGUAAACCUUUUUUUGGUUUUUUUGGGUUUUCAUGACUUCAUUGGUGGCUGAUUUUUCUCUGUUUGGUGAAUACAAUGCAAUUGCAGAUUCUGUUUUUGGUGUCA